AGGAAACAGCCUGGAACGGGCUGGAGUGGUGGCAGGAGAUCAUCUCUACUCCUGACCGGUCUGCAUCAACCACUCCCACCUCCUACGACUUACAGCAGCCUGUCAACGUCCGGCUGAAACUAUUAAAUGCCUUUUGCAUUCUUGAAAGCGGGUGGCUACAGGGAUUUGCACAUGGAUUUCUCCUGCUCUUCAUUAGUGAGAUGCGCUGUAUCGCUUACAUGCAUAUAUUCAAAUCUGUGCAAGUGAUUUCUCCAGGAUUUGUUCUCAUCGUGAAGCUGAGCUGCUCUUAAAGAUUUGCAGUUACUAUUAUUGCUGCUUUGUUGCUUUCGGACCCAUUUAAUUGCGGAGCUGGAAGAUGGGUGGUAAUCUGGGUUGUCACAGGUCCAUUCCUAAGGACCCUUCUGAUCUGUGCCAGAAGAACCGUAAGUUCAGUGCAGCUUGCAACUUCAGCAACAUCUUGGUGAGUCAAGAGAGGCUCAAUAUUAACACUGCCACUGAGGAGGAACUGAUGACCCUUCCAGGAGUGACCAGGCAGGUGGCACAGAACAUAGUGGAGUAUAGGGAAUACAUUGGGGGCUUUAAAAAGGUGGAGGACUUGGCUCUGGUCAGUGGUGUGGGGGCUGCCAAGUUGGAACAGGUCAAGUUUGAGAUCUGUGUCAGCAGCAAAAGUGGCUCAGCGCAGCACUCCCCGAACUCCCUGAAGAAGGACUUGGAGCAUGGAUACCAUGGUCAGCACCUAUCUGCUGCUAGAUUUAACAUCAAUACAGCCACUGCUGCCCAGCUUAUGUGCCUCAGAGGACUGACCGAGGAAAUAGCACAGGACAUUGUCCAGUACCGAAACCAACACGGCCCUUUGAAAAGCAUUGAGGACCUGGCCAAGGUGGACUCCAUUACCAUUUCUGUUCUGGACAAAAUCAGACACCAAGUCUAUGUACAGAGGUCUAGACCACCUUCCACACAUACCAAUGGGGGGCUUCACUUCAUGGCCAAGCCUCAUCCAAGCCCUACCUCUCUGAGCCUACAAAGUGAAGACUUGGAUUUUCCACCUGGUGGUCCAACUCAACUCAUCUCUACUCGCCCUGCUGUGGAGGUUUUUGGAGGGGUGAGGGAAGGAAAGCCAGUGCUCCGGGUUGCCUCCUGGAACCUUCAUAACUGCAGCCUAGAUAAGGCCAGCAACCCUGGAGUGAGAGAAGUCGUCUGCAUGACCCUGCUGGAAAAUAGUAUCAAGCUAUUGGCUGUUCAAGAACUGUCUGAUCGAGAUGCCCUGGAGAAGUUUUGUUUGGAAUUAAAUCAGCCAUCUCUGCCCAACAUUCGUAAGUGGAAAGGGGUAAUGGGAUCGUGGAAGUGCGUUAUUUCCGAAAAGCCAUCAUCCUACUUAAACGAGAAAGCAGAAUUUAGCGGUUUUCUCUGGGACACAUCAGCUGGCAUUGAGCUGAAGAAUGCCACUUUACAAGAAAGCCUGCAGACCAACGGUAACAGCAAGCACACAUCUCCUCACCCGUUCCUCGCACAUUUCAAGGUUGGAAUAAAUGAAGUGACUCUGGUGAAUAUUCACCUGUCCCCUAACCUUGGCGAAGCCGGAAAGAAUCAUAACGACAGCCACAAAACGUCAACCUUUGGCCAAGCACUGCAGGAGACUCUGAAAGGUGAAAAGGAUUUAAUCAUCUUGGGAAGUUUUAGCCUUCCUCCAGACAGCAAUGACUUUGAUUGCUUGAGAAAAGAGAAAUUGCACAACCUGCUACCUGCUAACACCUUCACGAACAUCAGCACAAAGAAUCCACAGGGGAAUAAGUCCCUAGACAACAUCUGGUUCAGCAAGAGCCUGAAGAAGGUGUUCACAGGCUACUCUUUAGUUGUGAGAGAAGGCCUCACUAAUCCGUGGAUCCCAGAUAAUUGGUCCUGGGGAGGGGUGGCUUCGGAGCAUUGCCCCAUACUGGCAGAAUUUUACAUAGACAGAGACUGCAAUAGGAAGGAAGUUAUUCCCAAAGCCAAUGGAGUCACAGUGGAACGCAAUGAUUCAAACACCAAGCACGAAAGAUGAAAAAGUACAGAAGCAAAGUGAAGGAACAAGGGGUUUCCACCUUUUGCUUCGACUGUGAACCCUAAUCCAGAACUGCUACGCUUUCCAUAUCACAAAUAUUAACGUUUUGUUUUCAAGUACCCUCCCAAUUCUCAUGCUGUAAGUGGAUGUUUUAGAAUAUCCUAAUGUGAUAGAUCAGCUGCUAUCUAGCUUUCAGACUCAACUUUCAGUGGGCGCUUCAUGUGCCAGACAUGGACAAUGAAUAACGAUAUAGAAAACAAAAAGAAAGGAAAAAUACUUUAAAAUUUCUGUGAAACCAUUUUUUUUCCUUUUAUUUGUAAAUGAUUUCUUGUAAAGCGAUGCAAUAAUGUAAGACUGUAAAAAUGAGACCUUUAACACUGUCAGCAUUUUUUUCUCAAUUAAAUUAAUGAAAUUAUGUGAAA